UAUUUUGAAGAGCAGCUGGGCAGGCAUGGGGUCGAGCAACGAGGAGGACCUUGCUACCGGAACAGGACUUCGCCGAGGCAACAGUCUGCGAUUGCUUUCGCCCGCGUUAUCGGAAGCGGGUGAAUCGGGUACGCAGCUGCGCCGAGGAGGAUCCCUCAGGAUAUUCCGGUCGAAGGAUCAGAAGGACCAGAACCGGCUGAGCGUCCCAAAAUUGGUCGAUCCAGGAUCAGCUGAUUCCCAGAUGGGGCAGUCCAGGGCCGUCAGACAUGCAACCGUGGUCGAACCUGCACCGGAACUCCUUGCGAGAAGUCUCCUGCAGCUCGGUUGUCCUGCGGUCUCCAUGCCAGAGCCCCGUGGAGGAGUAGGGUCGGAGCAGGUUCCCAGCAGUGACAGCGAUGAUUCCACGACGGCCCAAGGACACCAUGGCAGCGCACAUGGUCCUCUUCAUGGCCACGGUCAAGGUCAGGUUGAAGGCUUCGGCGUUCCGAAGGUCCACGUCUCGGGCCCUCCCAAUGCAGCCGAUCCUUCUGUCCUCAACGGGUCCGCUGGGUCCCUAGGAGCUCGCUCGGCUCCUAGCACUCCUCUUCAGGGCGUCGCCGGUCCUCAGGGUGUCGCCGGUCCUCAGGGCGCCCAGCAGCCCGCCGUGGGGAGUCAACUCACAGUCUCCGGGAACAACAGCUCUCGACAAACUCCCCCCAGGAGUCCCAGUCACACGACUCUGAAACGGAAUGACAGUCAGCUCUCGAAGCCUCUGAGCAAAAGCACGCCCUCCAUGACAGCCAGCUCGGGGAGCAGCCAGACCUCGACCACGACGGUCAGCAGAUCCUCUGCGAGAUCUACCACCAGCAGCGGUCGCCAGAAGAAGUUCCACCGACACUUCACCCAGUCUUCGAAAUUCUGCAACCAGGUCGCUCCGGACGAGCGGGUGCUCAACUACUACAGCUGCGCCCUGGUCGGCGACAUCCUGCUGCAGGGGCAUCUGUACAUCACGCCGAACUACUUCGCCUUCUACAGCAACGUCUUCGGGUACGUGACCAAGCUGCUGAUACCGACGACCUCGGUCCUGAAGAUAAGCAAGGAGAAGACCGCGAGGAUCAUCCCGAAUGCCGUGGCGAUCGCCACCGAGGACGAGAGGCACGUCUUCUGCUCCUUGCUCUCGAGGGACUCCACCUUCAAGCUGAUGAAGCAGGUCUGGGAUGCUGCCCUGGAGCCGAGCCCGGCCCCGGACAUCCUGCCGUUGCCGGAGGUCGAGGCGAAGCUGCUGCCCCCGGACACGCUGCUGGUCGACGACUCCGAGGUGAACCCUGAAGAGGACGAUUCCAGCGAGAGCGGGAUCGACCGCACCUCGAGGCCUCCUACGGUCACCGACACCGACGGCCAGUCCGCCCAGGAAGUCCCGCAGGUCGGCUCCUCCCUCGCGAGACUGGAACCUGCGGCGGUGGUGGUGGCGACGACCCCGACGUCGACGAGCAUACCUACCGUCACGUUGACGGAGAAGUCGACCCGGUCGACCAGCUGGCUCCCUUGGGACAGACUUCAACCUGGCACGGUGAUCGCGGUGCUGGUCGCCCUCCUGGCCGCGCUCUACGUCUCGGCGGCCCUGAUGAUGAUCAGGAUCGACCGGCUGCACACGGCGUACCUGAACCACCCCCUGGCCUCCCCCGAGAGGUUCACCCAGGACCGACUCCUGCAGUACCUCAACUCCAAUCUCGACCAGAUCGUCAAGGUCAGGCAGAGCCUGCAGACGCUGUCGCAGCAGUUCGUCGCGAUAACCGAGGGAGGUGACCCUGGUGCAAGGGUGUCCGGGGGUUCGACCGACCACGAGGACGCUCCAAGUUAGCCCAGGGUCAGAAGAAGCGAUGCCAUUCGACCGAAAACCACACGAGAUCCCCCUCGCCCCGCUAGCGUAUGAAACGCGACGUAAAAAAGGACUCAGAGGACGGACCUCCACGGCCAACGUCGACUUCCGGCACCCUGAAGAAAUUAGGCACCUAGACUUCGGAUCUCCGAAGAGUCGCCGGACCUUUCCCGCCCGGGCGGAGUGUCGUCACCCGGGCGACCUCGUCUGUAGGGACAAGUCGGGGAGGGGCUUUCGUUUUUUUUCUUUUUCUUUAUUUCUCUUUUUUAUAUAACUAGUCACGCGUACCUUAGCCCCGGGUACCAAAGCAGUGGACGGGAAUAAAAAGCGAACAGACAGAAAUCUAUAUAUAUAUAUAUAUACACGCAUAUAUAUAUAAAUCUAUGAAUAUACAUACAUAUAUACAAAUAUAUAUAUAUGUAUACACAAGGUAAUAGUGAAUGAGGUAUCUCGAGGUUACUCGCUCGUUAUUUAGAUACUAAGUAACGUGUGCUCGCAGCUAGUCUGGCGGUACAGCCAUUCGCAGGGGGGCGACAGCGAGUGGUCGUUCACAUACAUAAAUAUGAUUAUUAGACGAGGGGCUCCUUCUUGACGAAUGGGAGAUUAUUCAGGGAAAUAGAGCGGAAGAUUUUGGACGAUACUCCUUUUCGGAGGAUAUUUUGAGAGCCCCUCUUGAACGCGCGAGGACUCGCGGGGCGAGUUUUCGACCCUGGCGAGAUCUGCUGCGAGGAUUGGCCUUCUUGUGUCCGAUCGUCUGCUCGAAUGAUAUAGAUCGACGAUGAUGAUCGGCGAUCGGCUCGUCGAUGGGUCGGUUUAUCCCUGGGGAAGUGGAGACCAUCGGCGACCGGGCGGUCGCGAGCGAAUGCGCGAACCGUAGGUGAUUGACUGUGAUAAUUAAGAUUGCGGAUGCUGGGCCUGGAAGGGGGGUCGAUCUCUCGAGGAAGACCUAUUGACGACCCCUUGAUCGAUAAUCGGUCGCUCGGGUCCCUGGGAACAACCCUUACACUGAUAAAAAUCGAUGGAGAUUUACGCACUAUUUUUUUUUUUUCGACACAUCUAGUAACUGAAUUUUCCACGUGGAAGGACGUAAGAUGGAAAAAUGAAAUUGAAUUAUUGUAUGUAAAUUUACAUCGACAUUUUUAUCAGUGUAGUUGAGGAAUUGGUGGAGUGUACUCGAAGAUCGACCGCCCCUUGCGAUCCUCGGCAGGGGAUUUAAAUGAAAAGUGCUGUUACAUUAAUUAGCCGGUAAUCUAUCUAACCGUAGGGAUGCGAUGUAUUCACGUAUAAUUGCCUCUUUAAGUUCGGUCGGCCAUGCUGUAACGUUUUUAUCGUCCUCGUUAUUGUUAAUUCUAUCUCCGUGACCGCUCCCCGGCGGCCCGUUGCCAUUGUCUCGUUGUCAUUGGACUCGUUGUUUCUCGAUGAGAGGUAGUGGUUGUUAUAUCAUUACUGCGACUAAUGUUCUUACUAAUACCAUUAGUUUAUUACGUUUGUAUCGCGGACAGGAGCGCCGCCGAUUUCGGGACGCGUAUUUGCAAUAUUCGAUGUCCAUGAAAAGGGAAGCUCGGAUUGCUUCCUUCGAGGAGUCCUCGUGGACUGGACUUUUUUUUCUCUUUUUUUUUCCCCUUUAGCCUCCGUUUUGCGCCCUCGAGGGAAACGUGGACGGCUCUUUCGUUCCUUUUUAUGGCGUCGACUCUUUUCGACGACCCUUCGUCGCCGGGCAUCGAUCCCGACCGAACGGGGAAGGACAAAUUGUGCCGUUGGCGUGAUAAAAAAGAAGAAGAAGAAAAAAGAAGGAACGAAUUUCGGGAAUUUCAUUCACCUCGCGAGAACCCAUCGCCGAAAUUUGCCGUAGGACUUUCCGGUCGGUCGCGGACUCGAGAUGUAAAAAGGACAUUAAGGAUUAGGGAUCUCCGAUAUGAAUUUUCGAGGGAAAUUGGAGACAUCCUUCUUCCUCCCGAGGGAAAUAUUUGUAUCCUUAGAACUUCGAGGGAAUUUAACGAAUGGGCUAUAUCUAAAUUAGAGUUGAAGUUUGAGACAAUUCGGUGGACUCGGGGAAAAUAUUUGAUAGAUGAGAUUCUUAGACGCCAUUUCGACAUCACCUUAAUUAAGGCUGAAAUUUCGACUCCAGCUCUUGACUGAGAUCCAGAGAAGGGAUAGAAGUGCUGAAAUUCUAGUCGGGGGCGAGGGGAGAUGUUGCGAUCGAUUCCUUUCUUGACCGUGCCAAAUUUAUUCGGAAUCGAUUUAUCCCGAUCGGUGGAAAUGAUUUUCGAGCCCGCGACUCGACUUCCGGCGAGACGCGAUUAGCGUUGUAAGAUCCUCUCGUGCGUCCUUCUCCUGAUUUAUGUGCGACUACUUGCCUUACGCUGUAAUGUGUUAGACUUUUUAGAAGGGUGCUCAAUUACACGGUCCAUUUUUUCGUAGGACGUCGCGUUAUUUAAGGACACUCGGCUACUCAUCGGCGAACGAUGCUCUAAGGACACUCAUUGAACGAGGAAUUUCGGGGGAAGGAUUUAAAUCCUUCUCGAGGAUAUUUCCUAAGUCUUUAAUUACCGAGCGCGAGCAUAAUCCUAGGAGAGAAAAUCGGGAAUAAUUGUAAGCAAGAACUCGGGAAUAAUUGUAAGGGAAUAAUGUUUGCGCAGCCGAUGGGUACGUCGAGAGAGUUUAAAAUCAAAUGCAAUGUUUAAUCGAUCCUAAGUCGAACGUUAAACAGGCUUACAUUAGGGUUACAACACUUAUUGUUUUCGGGGAAGGAAGGAACGGAACUCACAGACGGACGGACAGACCAAGGGUUUAACUUCAUAAUUAUGUGUAGCGAUACACAGGCAAAGAAUAAAACCGAAAGACUACCGAGA